UAAAUUAUUAAUUGGUACUAGCAGUUUGUGGCGAACCUUCCUGUUUCGAUUUUCUGGGCAAAAACUAAAAUGAAAUACUUUUAUAAUUUAUUCGCAGUCACAGCCUCCUGUUUGUUGGGAUCUGUGACUUGUCAGUUUACGCCAGAAGACUUAGUGGUUGAUGUUCCAGAUUUGGGUAGAAUUCGUGGAUCAAAUAGAUCUUCGGCUCAAGAGGAACCAAACCCUGCAAGACCGUAUAUUCAUUUUUUGAAUAUUCGUUUUGCUAAUGUCGUUGGACGCUUCCAACCAUCUGUAUUAAAUCGUGGACCCUUGGUUCCCGAGGGAGAAGAAUACGACGCUACCAUCAAUACCUUAAUUCGAUGCUACCAGCCAUGGCAUCAAUUUCAAGACGAACAAUGCCUAUCCAUAAAUGUAUAUACUCACAAGAAAUAUGACGGCAACGACACUGCACUGCGUCCUGUUAUUUUUUUCGUUCACGGAGGAGCAUUUACGGUUGGAGCUGGAUCCUUGUAUUCUGGCCUUCGACUAAUGAAUCGAGAUGUGGUCUACGUGAGCUUCAAUUACAGGCUUGGGCUGCCAGGAUGGCUGUCCUUGCAAAAUGACAGAAUUCCUGGAAAUGCAGGAUUGUAUGACGUUUUAAAUGCACUGCAGUGGACACGGGAUUACAUAAAAUAUUUUGGAGGAAAUCCCGAUUUAAUUACCGUGGCUGGCCAGAGUGCUGGGAGCGCAAUUGUGACUCACUUGUUCGCAAGCCCUUUGGCCAAAGGAUUAUUUCACCGAGCAAUUGCUGCCAGCGGAAGUGCACUAAAUAAUUGGGGAACGGUACAAAAUAACUUGCAGGACUCGCUGAAAAUGACAGAAUUAUUGGGUUGCUAUAAUUCAACUGUAAAUCCAAUUCCAAAUAUGGAUGAGAUUACAACUUGCAUGGAAAACGUGCCGUACCAGGACUUAGUUGAUGGUCUUCUGAAAUAUCAGAUGCAAGAGAGAAGCGAAGGUGGGUUGGGUACUCAAGUAGCAGCUCCCGUUGUUCAGGAUUAUCCUCUUACUCAUCAAAAAAUAAUUCCAAGACAUCCACAAGCUGUGUUCGACAGUGGCGAACAGGCAAAUGUGCCAUUGCUAAUGGGAUCAACAAAGCAUGACGGAUCUUUCGUUUUGGGAAUAUUGUACCAUCGAUUUCUUGCUGCCAAUGGCUUGGUAAAUGACACACUGUUUCUGCGGAAUGAACUAGUUCCACUGAUUUUGAAUUCAUUUGGACUGGAAGAUAAACCAUUUGGGAUUUAUGAAACAGUGGCAAAAACUUAUCUAGGAGAUGAUGCGAGGCUCAGUGGAGAUUUUGAUCAAAUGGUUCCUGGGUUAAUGGAUAUAUUUAGCGUAUUUUUCUUCAAAGCAGAAUCUUACAACACAGCCUUGAAACACUCUGAUCUUAACAACAACACUUUUUGGUAUGGCUUUGAUUUCAGAGGGUCUGCAAGUUUGUUUUCAGGCUUGUUUCCUAUCGAUGGUGCUCCACCAUUCAAUGGAGGGAUCGCUCACGGUGACGACUUGGUGUAUUUGUAUUCAAUGACUAUGCUACCCUUCAAACCUAACGAAGCAAAAGUCUCGAAAAUGAUGCUUGAUUGCUGGGCAAACUUUGCUGCAACUGGCCAUCCUGCUAACCCGGCAUCAGUUUUAAAUGAUUGGCCCAGCUUGACAAAAGCUGAUCAAGAAUAUUUGCAAAUUCUGGAAUCCCCUGUUCGCGACACCCAUUAUACCGCUUCUUGGAUUGGUGCUGGACUUGACGCUGAAUUGACGACCAUUCCUCCCUCUCCCACCAGGGUCCGCGUAACAACAACGGUUCGACCAACAUCUGCACAAUCAACUACGACUUCUUCUCAAACCCAAACAACUUCAACUGAAAAACAUAAUUCUGCUGGAUUUUUGGAAAAUCCUGCUACAUUAUUGUUCACUGCUUUCUUUAUUACAAUUUGUGCUGCUCGUUGCAAUCUUAUUUAUUAAUAUGACUGUGCAUAAUCUUUUUUUUCAAAUAAACAAAAUAUUUCCUUGUCUCUUACA